CUCAAGUUUGUGGAUUUUUGAGCCUUUCUGAUUUUUGCAUUUUUCUUCUGCUACGGUUUUGCGAUGUUUGUGGGGUCGGACGUUCUUUCACAACAGGCGAGCGCGCGACCAUUUGAUGUCCGCUAUGCAGUAUGCGCAAGACGCGUGACCGGUUCGGGAGAAGAGAUGCCUUCCCGCAUUCAACGGGAUAACGGCACACCGACAUAAGCACAAUCUCUUGUGGCACAUCUUAAUACAAACUUUUGUUCUGGACCCUCGAUUUAGUGCAUCAGGGCACGACGCACACCUGCUGCAAGCCUGCUUACCGCCUUCGAAAAGAUCCGCCUCUUACUUUUACCCCGUCUCUUGGCUUGACGCAGUGUUUGUCUACCUCGUCUCCGUUCCAUAUUGUCUGUUUGGUAUUCGCGCGUCUCCACCUUCAGCUGUGGCGUCUCACACUGGACAGAAUCGCGUCAACAUCGUUGCAGAAGGACAUGUGGCCCUAGCGCUCGCCGCAUAUCUGUUCGUGAUUGCUUCUAGGAAUCUUCGGCACCCAGUACACCAUCGCCGUACACGUUUCUUCACACAUGCUCUGUCGAUUGCUACCGAGACGAAGAUGAGAGCCCUCAAGAGGCACCGGUCCCGACGCAGCACUCCGAACGAAAACUGUCCCGAUGCUCCCAGUCCACAUUUAUCUGCCAGCGACUCCAUGGCCACUUCUGAACUGCCUCCUUCAAAAAGAGCUCUCGGCAGAGACGAUAAACCUUCCCCCCCUCGUAGCCAACCGAAAAAAUGGUCCAGCGGGCGCGACGAACUGACAACCGAGGCAGAUAAAAGCUGCUUUUCUGUUCAGCCUUCCCAUACAGAGAUGAGAGAAAGUGUAACAAAGACAGAUCUUCGGGUUUCACAGACAUGGCUACCCUCGGGUUCUGCAGCCACCUCCAGAGACCAUGGACUUCCGGGCUCUGCCAUCGAGUCAAAUGCUUCUUUGAGAAACGACACUGAGAGAGGAAGGGGUGCCAGGAAUCUUUGCUCAUAUGAAAACACGGCUGGUUGUCGAGCAGGACAGUGCGCGCGUCCGGGGGGAGAUGCCAGCAUAUCUGCGGGGGAGGGAGAGCUGGCAUGGCAAACCGUGAAGCCGAAGAAACAGCAGCGGCCGUCUGUGAGCAUCAGUCGACAGAAAGGACAGCAGAGGCCUGACAUUGAUAGUCUGCACCAGUUUCUUCGCUGGCUCGUGUGGCAGAAGUUUUCGGGUGGUCCUGCUGCCAGCGGAAACAAAGCACGGAGGCACCCCGACGCGUCUGGAUCCUGCGGUGCAUUGGAGAAAAGCCCUCCGUGGCUGCGCAUUACUCAGCCCCACCUCGUUGGUGCGGUUGUCGUUGCCGUUCUGCCCUACGUGGAUUUGGCGGUUCUUCGCUUCCUCCAACUGGAGGGGCGGGACCGUCUGGCCGAACUCCUGGACCAAGUUGUGGAAACUCGAAGGCAGGCCUGGCGAAAAGCAAGGGAGGAGGAAGUUUGCCGGUACAAGACAGAGCUACGCGCUGAAGCCACCACGCAAGGAGGCGAUGUAAGUGGUGGGGGCGAAAAGUUCCCGGGUAUCGCGUUCUCCGACCCCUCCGAGGGAACACCGUGUGCAAGUGCCAGCGGGAGCGAUUCCCUAAAAUUAUCUCACGACGGAGAGGGUCAAACGGAAGAGCUUGAGGAGGCAAAUGACAGUGACAUGUUGCUUGACCGGCGAGGCAGGUCGAGACUUCUUCCCAAUGGUUACUCCUCUCUCCUUCAAUUCUUGGCGUCUCCAAGCGGUCCUAAGAUCCCAACGCGCUUCAUUAGAGUCGAGAGUGGCCAACACUGCUCAAUCGUCCGGAGUUGCUUUUCUUCUCUUGUCGAUGCGCGGACGUUUCGUGACGUGGACGUCACGCACCUGAAAACAGCCGCGAACUAUGAUCCGUCGUACUACUUGCUAACUCUGGACGAAAUGAAGAGCAACAAUUUUCCUCUACCAGAGAUGUCUGGCAAUUUCCCGACGGGGUACACCUCCAUCCACGCUCAUUUGGUGUACCCGCCUACGUGGGAUGGCAGAGUCGGGUCGUGUACUGUCGAGUCUACUAUACCGUCCACUGCUUGUUCCCGUUUGCCCCCAUCUGGACGGGAUGCCUUUUCCCCUUCGUCGGCUUCGUCAUCGGCUGCUGCGUCCUGUGCUCCUCAGUCGUCUGCCGGGCCUUCCUCUGUGGCGCCUGUUUCCGUGGAGCAGUUCUUUGCGUUGGAUUGCGAAAUGGUUUUGACGAAGUUGGGCACCGAAGUGGGGCGCGUGUCAGUCAUCGACAGCAACGGCACAGCACUGCUCGACGUCUUCGUUCGCCCCAAAGGGCCGAUAAUCGAUUACCUCACCCGAUUUUCUGGACUGGAAGAACGCCAUCUUGCUUCAGCAGAGCUUUCGCUUGAAGACGUCCAUCGCCGGCUUUCCCAGAUCCUGCCCCCUGAGGCAGUGCUUGUCGGUCAUUCUCUAGAAAAUGAUCUGCACGCGCUGAAGCUUGUCCAUCUCCGGUGUAUAGACACCUCUAUUCUAUAUCCCCAUGCCAUACUGGGCCUGAAGAACUCUCUGAAGCGUCUGGUCAACUGUUUUCUUCCCGAGCAGAAGCUGAGACGCGAGCGAGGCCAUGAUUCUCUCGAGGAUGCGAGAGCAACGCUGAAUCUUGCGAAGCUGAAAGUGCAGCGAGGACCCGAAUUCGGGGUGCUGUCUAAGCAAUACGAGCCUCUGGGCCGCGCCCUCCGGGCUGUGGCUUCCAGGGCCCUUCGCUGUCAGCAGCAGACGAGAGAAGACAUCUCUCCGAAUGAACGACUCAGUUCGGGGUGCGAGUUGUCCCUCUCGUGCGGACAACCAGACGCAUUUCCUCCGUCUACUAACACAGCUUCGAUGAAAAAAUCCGGUUCGAGAGAAAAGCCAGAGAUGUGCGUACCAAUGGAAGUAGACAGGAUAGUUACCACGGUGUCUCCAAAUACCGCGGUGUCCCGACAUCGUGCAGAGGCGAACAACUCGGGACACUUCUCAGCUGAUCGGCACCUUGUGUCAAGGGAGGUGUCAUCUUCAAGCAAAUCGUGCAACCACACAGACCUGACGAAUGCAAGGGCUUGCGACUCGAAUCUGUGCCAGCCUGCUAAAUCCGAGGACCCCCGACUGAAUCUCAUCCUGGUCGAUUCCUUCCUGCAUCCAUGCACAGAAGCUUUCAGGGGAACAAGAGUUUUUCUGGAGAAAAAUGAUGAAGACGUUGUGAAAACGUGUCUAAGGGCGUUGAAUGUGAGCCGCAAGCAACCGAUGCUACGAGAUACAAGCCUUGUCGACGGGGCAAAAGUUUCUGGCAGGUCACAGAACCUCCGAGCCGUUCCUUGCGGCAACACACAACUGAUCCCUGACACAUCUGACCAGAGAGCUGAGAGUCACAUUCCCCAUGUUGGCAAAGUGAAUGCGGCUUUGGGUGAAUGUGAGGCAACAGCGAGGAGUAACGCAAGACGUGGAGACCGCAGAAGUGUCUUAAGCUCGGAGUCUCUAUCGGUUGGUCAGAAAUCGGUAGCAACUCCAAGAGGCGAAGUGGUGGCAAGACCUGAGGCGCCUGCACAGUCUUCUGUAUGCGAAGAGCGCGAGCGACGAAGUAGUCAGCGUGGCGGAAGCGACAGAGAGGGAAGGCAAUGUUGCUUGCAGGAAUCACAACAGAGAGAUACGUUUUUCCCCAUCGGAGUUUGCGUCCUUCGAAGCUACCAAAGAAUGUGUAACAGGACAGCGGGAAUACCAAGAGCUCACUUGUAUGCUUUCAACCGACGGGCUCAGAACAUUUUGCGGCUUCAACAGAAACUGAGAACGAACUGUGUGGUCAGACGUCACAGCGAGACUCUGCAGCAUCUAGACGGAAGAUGGGGCGUGAACAAUGUCGCUUCGAGAGCAGAGAAUGGGGCGAGAGGGAACGGGAACGCGUGCACUGACGACGUCGCAAGUGGAGCCUGCACUGAAGUACCAACAGAGACAGAGGGAGCAUUCGACGUACACGUUGAGGGACAGAGAAGAGAAAACCCGGCUCGAAUCAAGGGUAGUUCAGGGAAGAUCGACUCUGAUAGAGACCUCAGCCGGGAGAGCGAGACUUCCGACGAUGGCGACGAGGCGGCGCAGGUAGACGAAAAAGACAUUCUGCGUACCUGUGGGUACGGACUUACUCAGAAUCCUCAACUGCUCUUUCCUUCGGUAUGCCGGAAAGAUGCUUUGUCUGCGUUACUGGAGCUAGAUGAUUUGUUGUUCACUCUAUUGGCUGGACUGCGUCAAAAUGACCUCCUGAUUCUGGUUUCUCCUUGCGGCAACGCAGCCCGCUAUCUUAGCCUCGCGGCGCUGCGAUCAGCAUUGUCGUCCGGCUUGGGAGGGACACAGAGGUCGAAUCCUGCAGAAGCAGAAGUGCGUCACGGGUCAUCUGUGAGCGACGGAACCAACAGUGACGGGAGCCCUUCACAUCCGUACGGCAAGAUGUGUACUGGCGCAUGUGAGGCCACGCAGACGACGCUUCUUCAGUCCCAGGCGAUUGAUCAAGAGUUUUUGACUGAGCAGCGGGCACCCGUAAAAACUUCGACAGCGCUAGAGUCUGUAUAUCAGCUGGACAACGCCUUCCCUGAUAUCAACUCAAGUGGUAAUGGCACUUUCCCUGAGCUUACGUGGACCUCUUCAAUGGAAAGAGAACUCGAAAAAGCACGUGGCACCGGAGGCAACACCACAUUUCCAGUCAAAAGAACGUCGAGUAAGCGACUGCGGUUAAUCGGUCCUUCCACAAAUGGAUUCUUCGAUGCAGAGCGUGACUGUACAACCGCCCAUGUUGAAUCAAGGCGGAACAACCAGCAGCAGGGAGACGCGUCGCUUUCCCCAAACGUACCAGCGUACGGUUUAGUGUCACUUCGCGACAUCGUAGCGGCCACUUGA